AUGAUGUGGAAAAUCUGGAAAUCGCGCAAUGAGUGUGUAUUCUCAAAUGCAAAAAUCAAUCCCAUGAACGUAGGGAGAGAAGCGGGGAAGUAUGUCCAGGAGUUUAAUGCUGCAAAUCCAGAGAAGUGCUUGAGAAAACGGAUCCAGAUGGGGAGCGAAGAUAUCGAAUGCUCGAAGGACUGUGUUUUCAUUAAUGUAGAUGCUGGCUGUUUUGAGGAGGGGUGGAUGGCAAUGGGCAUGGUGAUUCGGGACAGCAAGAGAAAGGUAAUUCUGUUGACGUGUAGUCGAAGGAGAAUGAGUGUGGAACCAGAGCUUGCGGAAGCUAUGGCGAUAGAAUGGGGGAUCUUGCUGGCGCUUCAACUUAACCACAAAACCAUUGUUCUGAUCUUUGAUGCCAAGAGGGUCGUUGAUAAUUUAAAUGGUCUGGAGGUUAUUGCCAACAUUGAACCUGUUUUGGUGGACUGCAAGAAUCUUCUAAAACAGUUUCAUUGUUUUUCUGUUAUUUUUUGUAAUUGUUCCUUUAAUGAAGAUGCCCAUAGAUUAGUUGGCAUUGGUAGAAGAUUAGGGAGUAAGACUUGGCUGGAUUUGGUUCCACCUUUUGAUGUAUCUUUGAUUCCGACUUCGGUCUCUGUUUAA